CGCAGAUAUUAGAUUAUAAACCACCGUGUCGUGUCGGGUCUCCUUCAUAGCCAAACAAACCAAGCUGCUUGCACGUGAGUAGGAACCGGCGCGUGUGUGGGGGGACGCGACCGAAGUGAUGGUUGCGCGCCCGCCACGCUGUGCCAAAGCGAUCCCCAUCGACCAGUCGUCAUUGUCGCUCUCCGGAAGUUGUGUCUUAAAAUGUACUAGCGUCGCGGGAUGGCAACAUCACGUGGACACCGAGGUCACGGGACCUAUGAUUUUUUGGUCAAAAGCAUGGAAGGUAUGCUGGCGUGGGGGCGAGAGAACUAAACCCUACUUGUCCAAGGCUGACUCGUGGAAUUCAACUCUCAAACAUCUUCGUGUUUCGUGCUUAACGUCACCACCGGUAGUUGCAUGUGCAUGUAUGCGUAGCUUCAGCCUUUUCGCUGCGUCCAUUGCAGCUUGUAUGUAGCUUAGCCUUUGCUGCGUCCAUGGCGCUAGUAGGGAAACCAAUCCAUCACCAUGCGCACGACCUACCGUCACUUGCGCAUGAAGGCGUGCGUGCAUCCACAUCAUCGAGCGGGACACCUGGUUCCGCCAUCGGUUUGUUGCUCACGGCGUCCCCAGUUGUAUGAUCCAUUCAUAAUAAUAUGUGGAAUUCAAAUCGACACUACAAACA